GUAACACCGCGGAACCUCCAGCGCCCGGGCUUCUCGCGGGCCACGCCCCGCGGCCCCUUCGGGGCCUCGUGCGCAAAGGAGGGGGUGGAGCCUUCCUCGGGACCUUUCACCUCAGCAUGGCUGCGCCCGUGGGACCGGUGAAGUUCUGGAGACCUGGUACAGAGGGACCAGGUGUCAGCAUCUCUGAAGAGAGACAAAGUCUAGCUGAAAACUCUGCAACGACUGUUGUUUACAAUCCUUAUGCUGCCCUUUCUAUAGAGCAGCAGAGGCAGAAGCUGCCGGUGUUCAAGCUUAGGAAUCAUAUACUGUACUUGAUAGAAAACUAUCAAACAGUGGUGAUUGUUGGAGAAACAGGAUGUGGGAAAAGCACGCAGAUUCCACAAUACCUCGCAGAAGCUGGCUGGACAGCCGAAGGAAGAGUGGUGGGAGUGACCCAGCCCCGAAGAGUGGCUGCUGUUACAGUUGCAGGGAGAGUGGCUGAGGAAAGGGGUGCGGUGCUGGGCCACGAGGUGGGCUACUGCAUCCGCUUUGAUGACUGCACCAACCCACUGGCUACAAGAAUUAAGUUUCUGACCGAUGGAAUGCUGGUCAGGGAAAUGAUGGUUGAUCCAUUGUUAACAAAAUACAGUGCCAUCAUGCUGGAUGAAGCCCACGAGAGGACCUUGUACACCGACAUUGCCAUUGGCCUGCUGAAAAAGAUUCAGAAAAAGCGAGGGGAUCUUCGAUUGAUUGUGGCUUCAGCCACCUUGGAUGCAGAGAAAUUUUGGGAUUUCUUUAAUCAAAAUGACACCAGUGACCCGACCAGGGAUACGUGCGUGAUCCUUACGGUGGAAGGGCGAACAUUUCCAGUGGAUAUCUUUUAUCUACAAAGUCCUGUUCCAGAUUAUAUCAAAUCAACUGUAGAAACUGUGAUGAAAAUUCACCAGACAGAGGGAGAUGGAGACAUAUUAGCAUUUCUCACUGGCCAGGAAGAGGUAGAAACUGUUGUGUCUAUGCUGAUUGAGCAGGCUCGAGCACUGGGUCGGACUGGGAUGAAGAGACACCUCCGGGUUCUCCCCAUGUAUGCGGGACUGCCUUCCUUUGAGCAAAUGAAAGUGUUUGAAAGGGUGUCACGCACUGUCAGAAAGGUGAUAGUGGCCACCAAUGUAGCAGAAACGUCCAUCACAAUCAGCGGGAUUGUGUAUGUGAUUGACUGUGGCUUUGUGAAACUCCGAGCCUACAACCCCAGGACAGCUAUUGAGUGCUUGGUGGUGGUCCCAGUGUCCCAGGCAUCAGCCAGCCAGCGAGCAGGACGUGGUGGCCGCAGCCGCUCAGGAAAAUGUUACCGCCUUUAUACAGAGGAAGCCUUUGACCAGCUGCCUCAAUCCACCGUUCCUGAGAUGCAGCGGAGCAAUCUGGCCCCUGUCAUCCUGCAGCUGAAAGCGCUGGGGAUCGACAACGUCCUCAGGUUCCGCUUCAUGUCGCCCCCUCCAGCACAGUCGAUGGUUCAGGCGUUGGAGUUACUCUAUGCUCUGGGAGGGCUGGACAAAGACUGUCGCCUAACUGAGCCGCUUGGCAUGAGGAUAGCAGAGUUUCCUUUGAAUCCCAUGUUUGCAAAAAUGCUGCUUGAAUCAGGAAAUUUUGGCUGUUCUCAGGAAAUUCUAAGCAUUGCUGCCAUGAUGCAGAUCCAGAAUGUCUUUGUGGUCCCCUCAAACCAGAAGUCUCAGGCUAUUCGAGUGCACCGAAAAUUUGCUGUGGAAGAGGGUGAUCAUCUUACCAUGCUCAAUGUGUACGAAGCAUUCAUCAAGCACAAUAAGAACUCCCAGUGGUGUCAGGAGCAUUUCCUGAAUUACAAGGGUCUCGUCAGAGCCGUGACAGUGAGGGAGCAAUUGAAAAAGCUUCUUGUCAAGUUUCAAGUGCCCAAGAUAUCCAGUGAAGGUGAUCCAGAUCCGGUUCUGAGGUGCAUUGUUUCCGGAUUCUUUGCAAAUGCCGCGAGGUUUCAUUCUACUGGAGCUUAUAGGACCAUCCGUGACGAUCAUGAAUUGCACAUCCACCCUGCAUCGGUCCUCUACGCAGAGAAGCCGCCCCGCUGGGUUAUCUACAAUGAAGUUAUCCAGACCUCCAAGUAUUACAUGAGAGAUGUGACCGCCAUUGAAUCUGCUUGGUUAUUGGAGCUGGCUCCUCACUUUUAUCAACAAGGAACGGUAGGAAUGAACCGAGCCUGUCCCCCAGAACCACCUGUUACCUGCCUCUUUGUAUUUUUAAAUACACAUUUAUUUUCCAGUUUAAUGUCCUAAACUUGCUGUCCCGUCCCCCCACCCCACAAUGGUACAUAGGGUGAAAGGCCAUUACCAUGCAUGGUCCCAGACCGUUCUGGGUGAAAGCACCGUACCAUUGCUCGUGGUGAAGUGCAUUUAAACAUAAAUCCCUCUAACUUACACGAUGAAAAAAGAGAAUGUAUCUUCAGCUCUUUUUCUCUCCCUCUGCUCUUCUAAACCAUUUCCAAAGAAGUUCUGUCACACUGGACUGUGUUCACAGGAAGCAGCACAAAUAUUUUCUGAUGAGGAUCGCCUCGCCAGGAUGGUAAACACAUGUGCAAGCUUAAACCCAAGGCGGUUUAAACACAUGGUGGGAGAUGCUGAGUGCCGGCAUCGCUGUGUAUAUAGUAUAUGCUCUUCUUCCACGGCAGACAUGCGCAUUAAUUCAGCAUCUUUGUCAUCUCUGAUCUAUUUUGCUUUUAGACUGUUUUUCUACCUCGUUAGGGGUCACAUUUUCCUGCUUCUCUUGUCUAGUAAUUUGUUGUAUGCUGGACAUUAUAGGUGCUUUGUUGUGAAAAGUUGGUUUUGUUGUUUUUAUAGAAUAUUGAGUUUUUUCCUAGUAGACAGUACUGGCAGAUCAGUUUAAUUCCACCAAGGCCUGAUUUUAGUCUUUUUCAGGCAGGUCUGAGUAGCCCUACUCCUAAGACAUGGGCUUUUUGAUGCCUCAGCCUGAAUGCCUAGGAUGUUCAUUGAGGCCUUUGCACUCUGGCUGGUCAGAGCUCCAGUGUCUCCAGCACUGUACAAACCUCCAAAUCUCCGUAUCAGGUCACAACUCCCCAGUAACUAGUCUCUGCCAGCCUUAUGGAACCUUGGCCUUCACACGUGCAGCUUAGCUUUCAGCCAAAGACUUAAGGGUGGUAGCUCUGUGUAGGGUUCUGGAACUCCUCCUUUCUGAUGCCCUGUCCUGCAGAUUCCAGCUAGCUCAGCAGCUCUGAACUCUGAUCUGUGUUCCCUCUGCCCAGCUACACUGUUCUCUAUUUAGGGUUCACUUCCCUAUGACAAGGUUUGGAGGGCCAUGCAGAGACCUGGGAUGACUAUAAAGCUCACCUCGAGUGUUUCCUCUCUCUCAAGGAUUACAGCCCUGUGCUGUUACCCAGUGCCUGAAAAUGAUUGCUUCAGAUAUUUUGUCCAGUUUCACCAUUGUUUACCACAGAAGGGAAACCAAAACCUGUUACUUCAUCAAGGCUGUAGCCAGACGACCGUGUUUUCAAACCAAAAUUUGGCUUGAUUGGUAUAUUUUAAAAUUGGCAGAUUUCACAUUAAAUAUGGAUUUCAAGAUUCUCUUGAAGGAAAUGUUAAAUUUGCUGAGUUUCUGAGCCUGAGUUACUGCCUGGCAGCAAUGAGCAGGGGCUGAGGAAUGGCUGGCUGCCUGCAGUGGGUGAGUGACUCUCUCCAGGUCCUGCCUCACUUGUUUAUUUCACUUGCUCAGCUCUUCAAAACAUUUGAGUUGUGAUCCUAUAAAUGGAAGGAUCUUCACAUCCCUCUCCCUCCAGCAAUGUUAAGGGAAAUUGUCCUUUUAAAAUCUUACGAUAUUUAAAUCUUAAACAAUAUGACAGAAAAACCUUCCAAAACCUGCAUCGUUCUUCACGUAUCCUCAUCCAGAUAUUUCAGCUAGAAAUGAGAUCAACUGCAGGGACUGAGAAUAACACGGUGUGUUGUCUCUGCUGUACUGGGCUGAUAAGAAGAAACCUGAAGUGAAAGAAAAUGUUUUUCCUGCAAACCACUCAGGUGGAAAGCAGCAGACUUCACAAGUCCAAGAGCAGCCAUUGGAAAUGCAGACGAGAGACUAAGGAGAAGGGUGCACCGUGAGGGUGCUAGUUAGAGUAGCAGGAAUCGGGCCCUUAGAGAAGGGUGACUCUGAAGUGGCCUCAGACUCUUGGAGAACAGAAUUAACCUAGAAGCAGAGUCAAAAUGACAGUUUCUCUCGCUCAAACACAAAGUUAAAGAGCAGAUUGCCUCAGAAUUUUGGAGAAAAUGACAAUGCCAACCUUGUCUUUUUUCUCCAAAUGCCUGUUUUUCAGCUCCUCCGCUCCACUCUGAUGACUGCCUGUGAUCAGAGUAUUUUUAGAGAGGCCGGGACCUCAGAAAUCACCUAGGUCGACAACCUCAUUUUACAGGCGAGGGCCCUAACCCUUCCCACACCCCAAGAAACUUGGUCCCUCCCUAACUAAACAGUCCAAAGGCACUUCUGUUAUUAACUUGUCCAAAAUGGAUUGGUUUCUCCCAGAGCCCUGCUGCUCGCCAGUGGCCGCCCACGUAUGGUGGAUGGUCCUUUGUUGAGCAUAGUGUAGCACCUCGCAACCAUGCACAGCCCACAGAUCCUCCCGGGCUCUGUUCCUGGCAUCUUUGGUGACUUUCCAUUACCAGUGUUUUUCAGAGUGUUGCCCUCACCCUGUAAAGAGGCCUGAAAUGGUCCAGAGUCAGCUUUGUUUAUACUCAACAUUCUCCUCAGAAAUGAGCACCAGAAAUGGUCCCACAGGCAUGAUGACCUCACCCCCCAUUCCCAAGCUAAGGCUGUGGGUGUCUACCAUUAGUGGGAGGGGUCACGUCAGGUGAAGUGCACAGAGGAGGGAAUUUGGAGAAAUUCAGGAAGAUCCACAGCUGGAGAGGGGAAGGACAGGGCGACCUUUUCAGAGAUUUGCCUUUCAAGACCUUAAAUUUUUUCUCCUGAUUCUGAGGUACCUUUGGAAUCUAGGGAAAUCCCUCUUCACCAGGGCCUUUGCAAGAAUCCACACUGGUCCUUUCUUGGGCAUCAGUGGUUAGAAAGUGUGGCUUCUUGCAGCUCGUUUACCCCUGUGUCCUGUUCACUUGGCCACCCAUCCUGUCGUGCUUGGUGGGGUGCUUCAUCUUCUUGUGCACCUGCAUUCUUUCAGGGCCUGCAGUUCUCUGUCAGCGAGGGGGAUGGCUGUCUUGAGGCCAUUGUAGGUGCACUGAGAAAUGGGGUUUGGGCACGGAGUGCGAGUGUGCUGGGGUUGGCGGGCCUGCUCUGCUGGCAGUCGGCGGGUUGGGGAUUCCUCGUGUGACGAUCCUGCUGCACGUUAGGGCAGCACAUCUGGGAUAUCUCCUGGUUGUUGGUUUAUGAUUAUUAAGGGGUUAUCAGGGAUACCUCAGUUGGUGAACAGAGGACCUUUAUUGAAAUCUUCCGUUUAUACUCCCUGCCUCAAAUGCAUAUUUUAGGAUUUCUAGCACUUUUGGCUUUACUUUUAGAGUGUAAAGAAUGCUUGUCUCCCCCAGUCCUAUUAUCUGAUGCUCAUGAUUAUAAUGUUAUGCUUCCUGGGUUAUUUAUACUGGUAGAGAGUGACAUUUCUAAAAGAAAAACGUGUCACCAGGAAGUGUCCUUUUCCUGUGUGUCUUCCCCACUCUUGCGCAGGGCUCGAUGAGAGUAGGGCCUCGAGCUCAGGUACCUGACUUUAGUUGGCUGACCUCUUUGUUGCUAAGGGGAGAAGACCUUCCCGUGACCAUUCUCAAGAAAUUCUAGGAAACGCGAGGUGAUCUGUGGCCCGAGCACAGGUCCCAGAGCAGCACGGAUAUUGGGCUGCAGUGCUGGCCGGGGGGGCCUGGGGUGGAGGGAGAGACGCGUCUCACUGACAGCUGCCCGCAGAGCCCCGGGGGCCCAGGUUGAGCCAGGGUGGCCUGACCUCAGGCUGUGUGGCUUACUGAAGGCCCGUUUCCUUUGUUGGUCGCUUGGGCUUUUUUCCUCUAUUGCCUGAGGGGCAGGGCAUUUACUGAGAAGGCGUGGGCCAGAUGGAAGCUUUGAAUUGGUCACUUCCGUGGGAACCAUGUUGAAGUCUGCUUUCUUUGUCUGACUGACCCCAGCGAUGACGUUUUCUCUUCUC